AUGAGUGUACUUCAGGGUAACCUGGAUAGGAUCAGGACGGCGCAUCACAUUCUAGCCUUGCUCUGCUCUGAGAAAAAAGCAGAUAUUGUUAUUAAUCAGCGAACAGUACCAGGAAAGAGCAGGAGUAGGAUAGUACGCAGACGAAUUGGGCACCGCGGCCAUCUGGAUCCCAGAUCCUCGACCAAUACAUGUGUCGGACCAAGGAUCCGGACGCGGUUACGUUUGGAUCAAACUGGAGGAUCUGGAAGACGCGCUGCGGGAAAUGUAAGGGGAUCUCAUUGUGGCUGGAGACCUCAAUGUCAAAGCUCUCGAAUGGGGGAGGCUAGGCCGGACCUCAGAGGAAGAAGAAUCAUGGAGGUGGCAUCGAGACUGGAGCAAUCAGUACUCAACACAGGUUCGACGUCAACCCUCCGCAGGCCUGGCUAUAGAGAUACGAUCACGGAUGUCUCUCUAGCCAACGAAUACCUUGUGGCAAAGGUCGCAGGCUGGCAGGUGAUCGAGGAUUAUACCGGGAGCGAUCAUCAGUACAUCCUAUUCGAUGUACAUGAUAGGAGGCCAGCCGUGACAAGUGUAAAGCGACCUCCCCGGUGGAACAUUGUAAGAAUGGAUCAAGAGAGGCUGUCUUUGGUCAUAGAGGAAGGAUGGAGAUCUCAACAAAGUACUUCCGCGAGUCUACCGCCACCUGUACAAGCCAGGUUGAUUAGCGCAGCAGGCAUGCAGCUCAUCCAAAAGGCUAGCUCGAUAGCUGUGCCAAAGAAUGGCACGAAACGGCAGAGAUGCCCUUUAUAUUGGUGGACGAACGAGAUCGCAGAUCUUCGUAAGAAGGGCUUAAAGCUACGCCGUUUAGCACAACGAACGAAGAGACGCGACCACGACGCUGCUUCUUUGGCCGUAGACUAUCAAGCGGCCAAGAAAACACUGAAGAGGUCCAUCAAGGCCAGUCAACGACGAUGCUGGACGAAGCUGUGCAUCGAUGACGACCAGAAUCCGUGGGGAUUAGGGUACCUCAUCGUCACUCGCAAUCUGUGGACUAACACGCAAGGGAUCCCUCAGGACGCGAGGACGUUGUAUCACAUCGUGCAUACUCUAUUCCCGCCACAGCUGAAGAGCUUUCCCGCUCCAUGGAAGAAAGCGAGUAUUGUGCUCAUUAGCAAGGGAAAGGAUCCAGUAGAAGCAGCUUCAUCAUACAGGCCUAUUUGUAUGCUCGAUACGGCUGGAAAACUCCUGGAGAAGCUGAUAAGGCCAAGGCUGCGUGCAGCCGUGAAGGCAGCGAGGGAUAUUGCCGGCCGCCAGUACGGAUUUCGAUCCGGCCUCUCCACCAUCUACGCUGUCCAGGAGGUGGUCACGGCCGCGAAAAUGAUGGAGCGAGGCAAUCAUCGAACACAAUCUUUGUGUCUGCUGGCCACCUUAGACGUGAUAAAUGCCUUCAACUCCGUCAGGUGGGACCUGGCAAGGGAAGCGCUGGAACGUAAGUUCGGUGUUCCGAAGUACCUAUUCCGAAUUAUUGACAACUAUCUAAACGAGCGCUUCCUAGUAUACAACAAGAGUGAUGGUCCAAGAAGUUUGGAAUUAACAUCUGGGGCAUUCCGAGGCUCCAUACUCGAACAAUAA